AGUCUACUCUCUGGGUUCAGCCUAUUUAUGUCUGGUUGAGGAGGGAAAUACUCAGAUAUUUUCCUCAGCUCUGACUGAAUAGUCUGCAUUUCAAAAAACUCUUCCAUUAUCUACAGUGUUGUCAGAGCCUUGGUUUGAGAGUCUCUGAGAAGUCCUGUGCAUCUGUGCUGACCUACAGGGCCUCCUUCUCUAGAGUACACUGCAUUUCAGAGGGUUGCUGUAGAACUGCCGUUUUGGUGAAAAUAUUCCUGAAGAAUUGUUCAAGAUUCCCUCUGCAAAAAUGGCCAAGCUGACAGCUGUUCCUCUCAGUGCUCUUGUUGAUGAGCCCGUGCACAUCUGGGUCACAGGCCUGGCCCCCUUUCAGGUGGUGUGCCUUCAGGCAUCACUGAAAGAUGAGAAGGGAAACCUGUUUAGUUCUCAGGCCUUCUACAGGGCCAGUGAAGUGGGUGAGGUAGAUCUGGAGCGUGACUCCUCACUUGGAGGAGACUAUAUGGGGGUCCACCCCAUGGGCCUUUUCUGGUCCUUGAAACCUGAAAAGCUAUUGGGUAGAUUGGUAAAAAAAGAUGUGAUGAAUAGCCCCUACCAAAUCCACAUAAAAGUUUGCCAUCCAUACUUUCCAUUACAAGACAUAGCUGUCAGUCCUCCAUUGGAUAGCCUGACUCUGGAAAGGUGGUAUGUGGCACCUGGUGUCAAGAGGAUCGAGGUAAAGGAAAGCCGCAUCCGGGGAGCCCUGUUUCUGCCUCCAGGAGAAGGUCCUUUUCCAGGGGUCAUUGACUUGUUUGGAGGUGCUGGUGGACUGAGGGAGUUUCGGGCCAGUCUCCUAGCCAGUCGUGGCUUUGCCACCUUAGCUCUGGCUUACUGGAACUAUGAUGACCUGCCCUCUCGACUGGAGAAGGUAGAUCUAGAAUAUUUUGAAGAGAGUGUAGAGGUUCUCCUGAGACAUCCUAAGGUCCUGGGCCCAGGUGUUGGCAUCCUUUCUGUAUGCCUUGGAGCAGAGAUUGGACUUUCUAUGGCUAUUAACCUAAAACAAAUAAGAGCCACUGUACUUAUCAAUGGGCCUAAUUUUGUUUCUCACAAACCACAUGUNUAUCAUGGUCAGGUCUACCCACCUGUACCCUGUAAUGAAGAGUUCGUAAUCACCAAUGCCUUNGGACUUGUAGAGUUCUAUCGAACCUUUAAGGAAACUGCAGAUAAGGAUAGCAAAUAUUGUUUUCCCAUUGAAAAAGCUCAUGGACAUUUCCUUUUUGUGGUGGGAGAAGAUGAUAAGAAUCUCAACAGCAAAGUGCAUGCUAAUCAAGCCAUAGCACAGCUGAUGAAAAGUGGGAAGAAGAAUUGGACUUUGCUGUCUUACCCUGGGGCAGGUCACCUGAUUGAGCCUCCCUAUNCCCCACUGUGCCAAGCCUCAAGGAUACCCCCUUUGAUUCCAANCNUNAGCUGGGGAGGAGAGGUUAUCCCCCAUGCGGCUGCACAGGAGCACUCUUGGAAGGAGAUACAGAAAUUUCUCAAGCAGCAUCUCCUUCCAGAUUUGAGCAGUCAGCUCUGAGUGGACUUGAUUAUAUUCCUGGAAAGUGGANCUGGGCAUCUCCUGGCCAGCACCACNACUCACUUCCAUAGAAGAAUGUUUUUGANCUCUUAUCUGGCAAGGGAGGAGAGNACCACAAGAAAAUACAGGAGGAUGGAGAGUGAUAACGUCUUGAAUUUGGAAGGGGAACCAUGUUUUCCAUGGAGUGUAAUGUCAUGCAGUGAGAGCCCUAUGUCUGCAUAAAUAAAAUCGUAGGCCUUUCCUAAAAUGUUCAACAUCAUAGCAACUUUCUGUCAUGAUAAUUGUCAGGGAAAUUAUCAGUGAUAACCCACAGAAUAUUUUUGUUUAUAAAAGAAACAUGAAUUAUAUAUUAUCACUUAUUAAUUUCUUGAAACUCACAUUAAAUAUACUUAGAUCAUU